UCGAAACAGCCAUCAACCGCAAAAUGAAGUGCAUUAUUCUCGUUGUCCUAUCCUACGCUGCAUCAUUAAACGCCCAGCCAUUCGGAGGCCUUGGUUUAAGAAGAAUGGGUGGAUUAGGCUUAGGAUCUGGAUUAGGCCUAGGUGGUCUUGAAAUGGGAGAAAUGGGAGGAAUGGGCCUAGGUGGUCUUGGAAUGGGAGGAAUGGGAAGAGGCGGUCUUGGAAUAGGAGAAAUGGGUCUAGGUGGUCUUGGAAUGGGUGGAGGUGGUCUUGGAAUGGGAGGAAUGGGGGGAGGUUACACCAGUGGUGGCGGAUAUGGCGGUGCGGGUUAUGGCAGUGGCGCAAGUGGUAUCGGUAGCCAGGGUUACCAGAAUGCUGGGGCGGGUGGCUUUCACAACGUUGGCGCUCAUCACAAUAAAGUUACAUCUAUAAACCAAGCCGAAGAUUCUGGCUUCCAUAACGUCGGAGGUGGAUCAGCGAUGGAUCACGCCGGUUACGCCGGAAACGGAUAUAAUGGAUUUGAAAACGGUGCCUCACAAUUUGGAAAUGGUUUUGGAUCUGGCAGUCAAGGAAUGAUAUUAUAACUAUAAAAAUAUGACGCUUUAAUUGUAAUCUUGAGUAU